AUGACUGAUCUCACAGUAACUUUGUCUGACAUCCUGGUUCAGAAACACUCCUCCAAGACACUGGGCCAGAACGGAGAGCUUGUGGGCAAGCUAGAUUCGUUUCUGCGAGAAGCAUACCAAAUUAACAGAUCCAUCUCGUCCCUCUUGGGUUAUUUGCGCGCCAUCCGCACCCCGUAUCUCUCGACUGCUCCGCCUCCUCGCCAUCGAAAACAUUCAGGAGCUGAGCAGCGUUCUACCUUUUCCCACAUACCGGAUCGAGAUGUACCAGAACAUCUCACCGAUGCGCAGCGAGAAGCCAUCGAUACCGAGACGUCCUCGGUCCUUCGCGACAUCAACAACAAGAUAACGAAUCUCACGUCGGCGGUUAACCUACAACAGGAGACUGCGAGCAAAGUCCUCGAAAGAAAAUAUGGGAGAGCCAACGGAUUCCUCUGGCGAUGGGCGGCGGGCGACGGUAACACGCCCGACGCAGGCAAAUCACAAGAACAAAUAGACGAAGAAGGGCGACUGAGAACGACUAAGAUGUUUAGGGAUGGCGUAUUGUGGUAUCUGAACAGAUUCCUCAAGGACGUUAUAACGGCCCAGCAGGAGAUGGUUGAGAAACGACUGGAGCGGGAACAGCAAAAGCAAAUGAGUAUACUCUACAACCCACGAAAUAAGGGCGUACGGGCCAGUCGCGAUGCAGAGACGGUCGCAGCAAACGGCAGUCUGGAGACGAUUCCCCCGGCUCAAGAUCUACGCGGUCACGACGAGUAUAAGCCCUGGAUUGACUCUUCGCAGGGCGGAGUGGAAGAAGAACUCUCACCCGAACAACUCCAACUGUUCGAGGAGGAAAACCGAGGGAUAUUCGAGCAUUUCAACGACCAACUCGCCAAAGUGACGCAGGUGGAGAAGUCGCUGAUGGAAAUCGGCAGUCUGCAGCAGACGCUGGUGGGACAUUUGAGUGUCCAGGGCGAGAUGAUCGAUACAUUGGUUCAGGAUGCGUCCAAUACGGAUGAGAAUGUGCGCAAGGGAAAUCGAGAGUUGAAGAGGGCCAGCGAGAGGGGGGGUACGGCGAGGUUGGUGUUCUACGCGACAGUGGGCUUCUGUUCGUUUCUGGUGGUGUGGGACUUGAUAUUCUGA